AUGGAAGACUUAAAAUCUGAGAAUAAAAGUGUGCUUCCAGCAUGGGUGACAGCCCAGGUGCCUGAAAAGAGGACAGUGCAGGUGAAGACCCCCAAGAGGAGGAGAACAGCCAUGGUGCCAGUGGCUGCAGCAAGACUUCCUGCCAUGAGGACUGUGUACUGCAUGAAUGAAGCUGAAAUCGUAGACGUUGCUCUGGGGAUCCUGAUUGAGGGCCGAAAACAGGAAAAGCUGUGGGAACAGCUGCCUCUGGCAGGCACUGAUAAGCCAGAGCACUCCCCAGCCAGCUCAGCACCACUGUCCUGGAGUCCCCACGGGAGCAGAAGUGAGGACAGUGAGGAUGAGGACUGUGGGGAAGAUGGCCCUCCUCCAGGGCCUGUGGGUUCUGACUCGGCCUGCAGCAGAGGCCUCAGGGAGGACCAGGAUGUGCUAAAAUAUGUCAGAGAGAUAUUUUUCAGCUAA